CUGCCGGAACAACGCUCCGACUGAUGGCUCUCAUUGUGUGACAGUGAGCGGAACGGAAGAUACCUUAUUGGAGGGAGGGGCUAGGACAGACCAAAAUGCCGUCGUUUCUGUUGGAGCAUCUGACACUGCCACCGUUACAAUCCACUGGUAACGAUGCUGGGGAGGUUGGGGUGGCUGCAGCUUCUGUGGGUAUCACUGAAGGUGGAGCAGCCAGCUCCGUGUGCGGGGUAUUGACAGGAACGACUGGCUCUCCUACUGAACCUGUUAAUGCACUUGCAGUCUCUGUGACAUCUGUGCUGAAUGCCGAAGCAGGUUCAUCAACAUCUACCAUCUACAAAAAAUACAACCUAACAAAGGAGAAUCUGAACACGAAAUGUUCUGAUGAACAUAUCUUAGAUAUUGGCAAAUUCAUAUCGUGGAGAAAGGUUGGUAGACGGCUUAAACAUAUUGAAGAGCGUGAUAUACAAGACAUAGACCGUGAUGGCAAGGAUGAGGACGAUAGGAGACGGUUAUUGUUAGAACGAUGGCACGAGAAAAAUGCAAGUGAUGCCACAUAUGGUGAAAUUAUCAAUGCAAUGAUGAAGGAGCAGAAACGAGAUGAAGCUGAAAAGGUCUGCGAGUUGCUUAAUAGUGUCUAACUCUUGGACCUCAGACGACAUGUGGUUGUUCUAAACUGAUAAUAGUGUUUUAUAAAAAUUACUUGUGUCUGGGCACUUCGCCAAAUCACUCAUUGAC